GGGUUUGAGUUGCUAAAUUGUGCGAUCUGCCGCGGUUGCUGUUUGGAAUAAGGAGCAUGUGGUGCGAUCUGUGCGCUGUGUUUUGCUAAUUUACCUGUUAAUAGUUCGCAUUUAGUGGUUUAUGUUGUUAGUUUAGCACAAGGCUGCUUUAAUUUUAUGCGUAUGAGUUGAAGUAAUUCUCGAGAAUCUGGUGCCUGGCAGUACAGUAGGGAUCUGGAUAUUCAGAAAUGUGCACACGCUCGCCAAUCUUCACCGAUGCGGGUUAUUUCUGGAAGUGAGCACCUCUUGCAUGAUUGUAUGAUAGUUUACAUGUUAGUCAUGGCACAGAACUGUACAUGUCUUGCACUUGGAUUUUGUUUGAAAAAAACAUUCUAAUUCCAGUCGUUACGGUAUGAUGUUCAAGGUCAUCUGAGCUGAUCUGUUGCAUCGGCACAUGGGGUGCUCCACCUCCAACUCGGUAGAGCUAAAUGAUAUGUUUUGCAGCUUAUUCACUAUAAUGGGGGGCCCAUCAAAUGCAUUUUACUGCUUUGCACAUGACUACAGUGCCCAUUUCUUCUGUGUGGCUUCUUUUCUAUGGACAACCACGAUAGCAUUCACUCUUCAUCGCACUGUUGUCAAACACAAAACUGAUGUUGAAGAAUUUGGAUCCAUUUUCCACUUGUAUGUGUGGGGAACUUCACUAGCUACCACUGUGUUACGUUCAAUAGGAAGUGACUAUGGAAGGCCAGGUACCUGGUGCUGGAUCCAGCAGGGAAGCUUGGCAAAGAUCCUACACUUGAUAUCCUUUUAUCUUCCACUUUGGGGUGCCAUUCUUUACAAUGGGUUUACAUACUAUGAAGUAAACCGCAUGCUGAACAAUGCAACACGGAUGGCUGUUGGCAUAAGCGAUCGAUCAAAUCAAUCUGACAUUAGGGCUGACAAGAAGGCAUUUAAUCGGUGGGGUUAUUACCCUCUAAUUUUGAUUGGUUCAUGGGCUUUUGCAACUAUCAAUCGUCUUUAUGACUUUGCCAAUCCAGGCCACAAGAUAUUUUGGCUCUCCUUUCUUGAUGUUGGGUUCGCUGGACUUAUGGGACUUUUUAAUUCCAUUGCUUAUGGGCUGAACUCUUCCGUGCGCAGAGCUAUUUCAGAAAGAAUUGACUUGUUCCUACCUGAGAGAAUUAAAAGGAGCCUCCCAAUAUUGUCAAGAUUGAGAAGUCAACAGGAAAAUGAACUGACUUCUCUUAUUGUGGAGGGUAACUGAUAUGGUAAUGCAAGCAAUACCUAGGAGUUUUCAAGCAUACGAAGUUUGUUAAUACCUUAUGGGUUCUUCAAUCUUAAAGGGAAUACUGCAUCACUGUAGGAGCAGUUGUUUAAGCAUUGACCAUCCGGUAUAUCGCGAGUAGGUUCCACCGUAUCCAUUGUUCAUUGUUUUCAACGCGAGCAGUGUCUUGAAGUUCCAUUGUUUUAGAGUACAUAGGAGGUUAGGAUAUAGAGACACAAUGUAAAUACUCUGAUGUUCAUCUGUAGUCUAUUUUUUUUUCACGAAUACGUAGGAGGACUGUGUAUUAUUGUAUUAAGAGGGAGAAAUAGUUUGAAUACAUACACGACGUGGGGGGACAGACCUGCUUUGCGGCAAUAGAAGCCGCAAAACAAAAUGGAUUACCUGCAAAAUAAA